AUGCACCUGUACGCUGCCCUCGGGGCUGCUCUGUGGGUGACCACAGGGCUUUACGAAAUCGCAACCCUCGUGCGGGAGCAUCACCCAGAGGCACAGCUGGGCAAGGAGAAGCCUGCUCUUCUGCAGCUGCUGUCCAGCGUGCAGAUUCUGCCCAGCCUGGAGAAGCUGGUGACGAUGCAGAAGCUGCCCACCGUCGAGCCGAGAGCUGAUAUCAAGAAGAAGAACAUGGUGUACUUUGCCAAUUGGGAUAUCUAUGGCCGCAACUAUCGUGCGAAGGAUAUCCCGGCCGAGAAGGUGACGCACAUUCUCUACUCUUUCGCCAACCUGCAGCCCGACGGAACUGUCAUCCCGGGUGGAGGCGAUGCCGACACGGUCGCCCACGACCCCGCGGACGCGAGCUACCUGGGCCCGGGCAACAAUGCCGACGGCUGCGUCAAGGAGCUGUUCGCGCUCAAGAAGGCCCACCGCCACGUCAAGGUUCUCCUCAGCAUCGGCGGCUGGAGCUGGUCGCACAACUUCGCCAGCGCCGCCGGCUCGGCCGAGAACCGCGGCCGCUUCGCCAAGACGGCCGUCGAGCUGCUCGCCGACUGGGGCCUCGACGGAAUCGAUAUUGACUGGGAGUAUCCCAAAAAUGAGGCCGAAUCCGAGAACAUGCUGCAGCUGCUGAUCCAGCUCCGCGAGGCCCUGGACCUCCACGCCGCGGACCACGCGCCGGGCUACCGCUUCCUACUCACCAUGGCCGUCGGCGCCGGCCCGGAGCACUACAACAUCAUGUCCAGGCACCUCGGCCGCAUGGGCCUCCAGGUCGAUGCCAUGAACCUGAUGGCCUACGACUUUACCGGCAGCUGGGACGCCAAGAGCGGCCACCAGGCCAACCUGCGCGCCAGCAAGGCCAACCCGGACUCGACGCCCUUCUCGGCCGAGCGCGCCGUGGCCGACUACCUCGCGCUCGGCGUCGCCCCCGACCGCAUGGUUCUGGGCAUGCCGCUGUACGGUCGCAGCUUCGAGAACACGGACGGCCCUGGCCGGCCCUUUGCCGGCACCGGCCCGGGCUCGUACGAGCAGGGCAUCUGGGACUACAAGGCGCUGCCGCUCCCGGGCGCCGUCGAGACGGUCGACGCCGAGACGGGCGCCGCCUACAGCUACAACGCGGCCGCGAGGGAGAUGGUGAGCUACGACACGGUCGAGACUGUCGCCCAAAAGGUCGCUUACAUCAAGGACCUCGCCCUCGGCGGCGCCAUGUUCUGGGAGGUCUCGGGCGACCGCGCCGGCGAGCUCAGCCUCGUCGCCGCCAGCGCCGAGAGGCUCGAUGGCCUGGACCGGACCGAGAACCUGCUCAAGUACCCGACCAGCAAGUACGACAACAUCCGCGAGGGAAAUUAAGCAGCUUGCCCCUCCACGCAUGGCUCGCCGAUUCUCACAGCGAUUGGAGUCUUUGGCUCU